CAGCCGCCGCGGUUCCGAAGAUCCCAGAGGCGGCCCGGGAUGCGGAGGGCUGGUUGGCAGCAGCAAGGCCGGCGGGUCCGCGCUCCUCCGGGCGGCGCCCGUUGAUCCCCAGCUGGGCCCUGCGGCGGCAGCGGGCCCCCUCCCCGGCCUCUCGCCAGCCCUUGCCAUGGCGGCCCCCGCCCGGCCCCGGGCCUCGCCCGGCUGCUGCAGCGGCGCCGCCAUCCUGGCGCUCGUGGUGGCCCUGUGCGCUCUGGCCCCGGCGCGGACGUCCAACCCGCUCUCGCCGGCUGCGCCGGCUGCGGAUUGCGCCGCCGGCAAAGGGAAGGCGGGCAGCAACUGCUCAGAACUAAAUGUAAAGGAAUCGGAUGUGAGAGUAUGUGAUGAAUCAUCGUGUAAAUAUGGGGGUGUUUGUAAGGAAGAAGGAGAUAGUUUGACGUGUGCAUGCCAAUUUCUGUGUCACACAAAAUAUAUUCCUGUUUGUGGUUCAAAUGGAGACACUUACCAAAAUGAAUGCUUUCUCAGGAGAGCUGCUUGCAAGCAUCAGAAAGAGAUAACAGUGGUGGCUAGAGGGCCUUGUUACUCAGAUAAUGGUUCUGGAUCAGGAGAAGGGGAAUACGAAGGAUCUGGAACUGAAGUUCAAAGAAAACAUUCCAAGUGUGGAGUUUGCAAGUAUAGGGCUGAGUGUGAUGAAGAUGCAGAAAAUGUUGGGUGCGUCUGCAACAUAGACUGCAGCGGCUACAGUUUUAAUCCUGUUUGCGCAUCUGACGGAAGUUCCUAUAACAACCCAUGCUUUGUUCGAGAAGCAUCUUGCCUGAGACAAGAACAGAUUGAUAUCAGACACCUUGGACAUUGCUCAGACUCCGACGACACAAGCUUAUUGGGGAAAAAAGAUGAUGGAAUGCAGUAUCGGCCGGAUGUGAAAGAUGCAAGUGAUCAAAGAGAAGACAUCUACAUUGGAAACCAUAUUCCUUGCUCGGAAAGUUUUAGUGGUUACUGCAUCCACGGGAAAUGUGAAUUCAUUUAUUCUACACAGAAGGCUUCCUGUCGGUGUGAAUCUGGAUACACAGGACAGCACUGUGAAAAGACGGACUUUAGCAUACUUUAUGUUGUCCCGAGUAGGCAAAAACUCACACAUGUCCUCAUUGCAGCAAUAAUUGGAGCUGUCCAGAUUGCCAUUAUUGUUGCAAUUGUGAUGUGCAUAACUCGGAAAUGCCCAAAGAACAACAGAGGACGACGGCAGAAGCAAAAUCUAGGCCACUUUACUUCAGAUACGUCAUCCAGAAUGGUUUAGAGCAAUUUUUAUACCUACAAUGCCCAUGUGAUGUACAAUUUUAUUAUCUUUUUUUAAAAGAAUGGAAAUAUUUAUUUCAGAGGCCUUAUUUUUGGACAUUUUUUUUUUAGUGUAGCUCUGUUUUGUUUUAUUCCAAAAGCAGCUGACAGCGACGGACUGCUCUAGUAACUUCUCAUUUCAUGAUUUGGAAGAUACGGUAGUUUAUUUCCUGUAUUGUAUCACAUGGUUAUAAUAAUAGACUCGUGCUUUACUUACGGAAUGUAACAUUUUUGAGAACCAAGACAUUUCACCAAUGGUUGUAGAAAAAACAAAAUGGAUCCCAUCCUGUUUCUUAGCAAACAAGGCAUGACAUAAGGGUAAAGAUGUUUACAACGUACUUUUCUUACAAGGAAUUAGAAGACACUGUGUUUAAAUACCGUAGAUAUUUAAAUGUUUUUGAAAGUUAGUAACUGAUUUUUUUAGACACUGCCAAUCGCAUGACUUGUGAAGAUGUGUACUUGUGUGUAGUUGUUACAUAUUUAUAGUGGGUUGAAUUUAGACUGAUUCAGUUGCACUUAAUUCUCAUUGAAAUCGGUUGAACAAGUUAGUCAUUACGAUUUCAGUGCAACUAAUUUAGUCUAGAUCCAGCCCAAUAUGUAUAGACUGGGUCAAAGCACCACCGUCUUCAUAAAUAUUUGACACUUUAUUUUUAAAUUGUAAAAUAAUGAUGAUGAUAAUAAUAUACAUUUCUGAAUUUGAAAGCUUGCCCAGUAGAGCAAAGGUCAUUUGCCCUGCAGAAACAGGUCUCGGUAGACUUGUGUAUUUUUUAUUUUUUUUAAGUUAUGUUUAAUAAGAAAACUCACAUGAUUGGGAUUAAGCCUGUGUUGGUCACUAUUUAAAAUGCUUUCAUACUUAUUACAGUUUUCUAAAGAGGAUACCUGUUUUCACAUCAACAAAUAAAUUGUAUAGUCUUUGUGAUUAAAAUGCAAAAAAGAAAAAAAAAUUAAAUACCAUAAAAGAUUUGAGCUCUUGUCUAGAAUACUUUUCAAGAGCUAAGAAUGUGUCUCAUGCAUAUAAAGUCUGCUGGUUGUAGUUAUUAUAUUAAUAGGAUGUUAGUAGCUGUUUGGAAGAUCCAGAGCUAAAAUGUAACUAGGGUGUGUUCCAGCUGUUCAACAUGUAGUUUUAGGCUUUCCAAUUCUGCAUGUAGGAUUUAAUAAUUUGUUCAAUAAAAAGGCUUUCAAUAUUUGAA